ACUCAGAAAUGUUUCCCAAGGCGUUUUUGGGUGGGGUAUUACAUCACGGUGACUCACUGCAUAAAUGCUUUAAAAGGCCUUUCCACAAAUUUUCAGCACUCACUUGGGAACUGAAAUCCAAAUUGUUUCGUCGCUCUGCUGACUACAUUACGCCCACAGACAUGUCCAAACUGGAGGGGGUAGUGACUUCCAUAAUUGAUCUCUUUGCGGACUACUCCUCAAGGGACAAUAAAAAGGGGCAGCUCACGCCUGGGGAGCUGAAGACGCUCCUGGAGAAGGAGCUGAGCCUCCCUGAGCUCAAGGGUAAGUUUAAAGGAGAAGAUGUAGCAGAGUUAAUGAAAGAACUGGACAAGAAUCAUGAUAAUCAGAUAAAUUUCCGGGAGUUCUGCGGGUUUGUGGUAAAGCUGACCCGGGCGUUCAACAAAGCCCAGAAGGAAGCCCAGAAGGAAGCCAAGAAGGAAGACAAGAAGGAAGACAAGAAGGAAGACAAGAAGGAAGAGAAGUAAGCACAAGAGGAAAGAGUGAGCAAGAGGCCAGUCUGGUGCAUUAAAGAAAGGCAGCUAAGAUGGACAUGUAUCCAGAUGUGUGGUCACACAGUGAAAUAGCAUAAAAUGUAAAAACAAAUCUUAUUGGCUCAAAUAAAAUAUGAUUAAUUAAU